CAACAGUUAAAUGCCAAAUAAUUUUCCCCAAUCAUCCCAAUUGCCAACUAAAAUAUAACCAAUGUAACUACAAAGUAAUAUGAAAUGAUACAUAUAUAGGUCACUGAGAGCUUAGCGAUCGAUUCCAACUAAUUCUAUAGUCACCAAAGUUUCCAGAACAUAGAAGCAUUUCUACCUACUAGGUUGACAUAAGGUGCUGGCUUCCUACAUGCCUAAGCACCUGCAAACAAAGGGCCCAACAGAGCAAUUGAUCACCUCACCAGUGAUCCAACUGUCAUGCUCAGGUUUGAGUCCCCUUGCCCCCACUACUUGAAAAUUACCCCUGUUCAAAAAAAAAAAAAAAAAGUACCUGCAAACAAAAAGUGCAAGUGUUA